AUGGGUACAGUCCUCAGCAUUGCCUCUUCACUUAUCAUCUCCACAAACCUGCUGGUGGCAGCUGCUUUACUGAAGCUACUCCUCAAGAAGUGCAGCCAGAGUUGGUGCUUUGUCUUCAACUUAGCACUAGCUGACAUUCUGGUUGGUGUAGCCAUCACUGGACUGGCCGUCGAAGACUUCAACAGUAAUGUCAGCUAUGGUCAUCGUCCCUUGAAUGCCACACCAUCCACUGCCCAGGCCAAGACCCGGUGCUUGAUGCGAAUGGCCUUUGUGAUAUCACCCUGCAUAGCAUCCAUUAUGUCCAUGUUUCUCAUCUCACUCGACCGCUAUGCUGCCAUCAAGAUACCCCUGCGGUACUCGCUGCUGUCUGGGAAGGGGACUGCAGCUGGGUCCUUGCUGGUUCUGUGGAUCACCUCCCUCACUAUGGGAUUCAUGCCAGUUAUGGUGCGGCAGCUGCAGACGGAGACAAGUUAUGAUGGUUUCUGUGCCUUCUUCUCUGUGAUUCACAAUUUGGGCAUCAUUAUUUUCUUCAGCAUUUUCUUUUUCCCGGUGCUCGCUAUCUUCAUCUACAUCUACCUGGACAUCCUGAAAAUCGCCAGCAGCCACCAGAAGCAGAUCUGCCGUGUUAGGCAAGCGAGUUCCUGGAAUGCAGACCACCACCACAAUCAACACCAGCAUCAUCCUCACCAUCCGCAUCGGAGUCACGUCAAAGCCCUGAGGACAGUGGCAGUGCUCGUGGGCUGCUUCUUAGCCCUUUGGUGCCCUUUCUUUGUGGUGUCUAUAGUGCACAUUCUGUGUAAAAGGUGUGCACUGAAAGUUGUCAUUGAAAAUCAUGUGUGGCUACUGGGACUUUCCAACUCACUAAUCAACCCUGUAGUGUAUGCCAUUUGGCAAAGGGAGGUGCGGCUGCAGUUAGCGGCCAUGUUUUCCUGUAUUACAGGUAGAUCACUGGCUGCCAGUGCAGCAGCUGUCACAGAAAGAAGUGACCCGCAGCCACAUGUGCAGACUCAAGCCUGUGCUUCUGGAGGAGAUACACAAAACCCUUCAUUGUUGCAGCCAAUCACCAAUAAUGAGGAUCAUGCAGCACCACAGUCUGCCACAACAAGUGUGUGA